CUUGUUCUUUUCUAUAACCUCUUUUGUGUAGUUCUAUCGGACGAGAAUCUAUAAUAUCUAAUAAUAAAAAGAAAUAAAAAUCGUGUAAUAAUUAAAAUGGAUAGAAUUAUUAAUAUCUUAUUUCAAGAUGACGAAUUAAUUGACGAAGAUGAAAAUCUUCAAGAAAAUCGACGAAGACCACGUUCGAUCAGACCACGUAUUAAUUACUUAAAUAUUUUUGAUACAGUUGACUUCAAAAAAAGAUUUGUAAUAUCCAGACACAAUUUCAUGAUGUUAUUAGAAAGAAUUCAAGCUGAAAUACAACAUAAUACCGAUCGUAACAAUGCUAUUCCACCUGCAAUCCAAUUGAUGGUUGCUCCCAGAUUUUAUGCCACUGGAUCUUUUUUAAAAACUAUUGGUGAUUUUUGUGCAAUUAGUGAAGUAAGUGCACACGAUAUAAUUCACCGAGUAUCUCCUGCUAUUGCUGCGUUAAGAGAUGAAUUUAUAAAACUUCCCAUAUCUCCAGAAGAAAUUCGUGUAAGCCAACGAGAAUUUUUUGAAACAGCUAAAUUUAUUCGUGUUAUCGGUUGCAUAAAUUGCACUCAUGUCAGAAUUCAAUCGUAUGGUGGAGAAGAUAGUGAAUUGUAUCGCAAUAGAAAAGGCUACUUUUCUCUAAACAUACAAGUAGUUAUUAACGCAAAAUUGGAAAUAAUUGACAUAGUAGCGCGUUGGCCAGGAUCUGCACAAGAUUCAACUGUAUUUAACCAUUCAAGAAUUAAGAGUUUGUUCGAGGCAAACAGAUUUGGUGAUGCUUUACUCCUUGGAGAUUCUGGCUAUCCGAAUCUGCCAUAUUUAAUGACUCCGUUACUAAAUCCAACAAAACCAGCAGAACAUCUUUACAAUGAAGCUCAAAUUCGAACACGCUCAAAAAUUGAAAGAUGUUUUGGAAUUUGGAAAAGAAGAUUCGCAGUGUUAUCUAUUGGAUCGCGUUUUCAUACAGUUCAAAAGAUGCUUCCUAUUGUUAUAGCAACAGCUAUAUUGCAUAAUAUUGCUCAGCAGAAAAAUGAACCAAAUGUAAUUAAUCCUGAAAUAUAUGAUAAUGUUAUUGCUGAAGUACAAAAUGUAAGAGUGGAUAAUAUGAACAUCAGGGAUGAACGACAACAUUUACUUUCGGAGUAUUUUGAAAGAUUACUUUAAAAACUUAAAAUAAAAAGCAUU